AUAUUUUGGUGUAUUCUGAAUCAUUCCAUGGACACGCGCAUCAUAUUGAAUGAACACCAAGAUUGCGUUGGAGAAAAGCGAAUUUUUCCUGUCCGAGAUCUCGUUCCUGGGCUACAUGGUAACUCGAGGAGGCUUGAGACCGGAUUCGAGGAAGGUCGAGGCUGUUCGAGAAGCACCCACGCCCACGUCAUUGACGGAGGUUCGAGCCUUCCUGAGACUGGCCUCGUACUACCAACGGUUUAUCAAGGGCUUUGCGGCGAUCGCUCGGCCCCUGACGAACCUCCUGCGGAAGGACCAACCGCUAAACUGGGAUGCGGAGGUGAGCGGAGGAGAAGAGGAGGAGGAAGAGGAGGAAAACGAGGAAGAGACCUCCGGAGAAGACGAGGAAGAGACCUCCGGAGAAGAUGGGGAAGAGACCUCCGAAGAGGACGAGGAUUAUAGUGAGCAUAGUGAGCAUAGUGAGCAUGAGGUGGGGGUGGUGAGCGAAGAAAAAGAAGAAGAAGAAGAAGAGCGGGAGGAGGUCAAAGAAGAAGCGAAAGGAAAGCGGUCAUUGGAGCAGUCGGUGGGAGCUGAUCUGCCUGUUUCGGACGACCCGAUUAAAGAUCCCGAGCCGCCAGCCAAGGAAGAUGAGCACCCUCAUGCAGAGACUUCUGGCACGGUGACGCGCAGGCGAUCCCGUUCCCCCUCCCCUUCCCCCCGUCCCUCAGUUUGAGCUCGUGGCAAUGCGGGACAUCGGGUUACGUCCCCGU